AUGAAAGUAUUAUUAUUAUUAGGUUUUUCAGUUGAAGCCAAAGGUCCAGGUUUACUAUUUGUUUUGCCAAGCAUUGAUUCACUAACAAAAGUCGAUUUAAGAACAGUUACUUUUGAUGUUGCUGCUCAAGAAAUUCUUACACGAGAUUCAGUGACAGUUUCUGUCGAUGCUGUUGUCUAUUUUCGAAUGUUUAAUCCAAUAAUAAGUGUAACUAAUGUUGCAAAUGCACGUUAUGCAACACAAUUACUAGCAGCUACAACACUUCGUACAAAGACUUUACAAGAAAUUUUAUCAGAUCGUGAAAAUAUUGCACAUUUAAUGCAAACACGUCUUGAUGAAGGAACCGAUCCAUGGGGACUCAAGGUUGAACGUGUUGAAAUUAAAGAUGUUCGUUUGCCUGUCAGCAUGCAACGUAGUAUGGCUGCUGAAGCGGAAGCUACUCGAAUAAUAGCUCGUGCAGGAGUCAUUGCAGCUGAAGGAGAACAAAAAGGAUCGAGAUCAUUAAAAGAAGCUGCUGACAUAAUUAGCCAAAGUCCAACUGCAUUACAUUUACGUUAUCUUCAAACAUUAACACAUAUCUCAGCUGAAAAAAAUUCAACAAUCGUUUUUCCAAUACCUAGCGAACUCUUCAAAUUGAUGAGAAAAUGA